GUGGUUAUACAACACACUGAACUGUUGAAGGUUUCAAUUGUCAAAAUUAAAAAUGUGGUGCCUUGUGGCAUUUAUCGCAUACCUAUGUGGAUUAAGCGCCGGCAUAGAAGAUUUGUCCGAAAUGCUUUGUAGUGAUGUCUCUAAUGGCGCAAUUGUGCCGAAUCCACGCGAUUGUAAUUCAUAUUUCAUUUGUGGAAAUGUACCAAUGAUAAGCUAUUGUGAUCAAGGUCUCCAUUUUGAUGCAGAUAACAAAGUUUGUAAUUGGCCAGAAAGCGCAAAUUGCCAAUUUAAAAAGAUUAAUAUUUCAACGAAUAAACAUACGGAGAGUCAAACCACUACAUCUGACUAUACAAUUUCAAAGGAAUUGAAUUUAUUGAAAACAGAACUUGAUUCGGAUGUCACUGGAUCAGACUAUAUGACGCCAAACGAGUUGAAUUUAUUAAAAACAGAGUUGGAGCCGGAUGAAAGCAUCAAUCUAUAUGCUUUUGAUGUGAAUACGCGAAUGCCAGUAGAUCCCAUGAUAAAUUAUGACCCUCUAAAUGUGGCAUGCAACCACUAUGGAACUUAUUUUUUACCACAUCCUAACGACUGCAGCUCGUAUUAUAUAUGUGCAUUCGGUCAUAUGAUGCAACACAAAUGCGGACGUGGCGCUGGAUGGAACUAUAAACGUCAAGUUUGCGAAGUUCGCCCCUUGACCGAUUGCUAUGCUGGAGGUGCUUACCAAACGAGCUCUGCGCAGUUAAAUACGGAAGUCGAGCUUUCUACAUUAUUUUCCAGUGAACAGUUAUUUAGCAAUACUCCAAUAAGUGAAGUGUGCAAGGCAUGCUUUGGUCUCACAAGUCAACCACCUGGUCCAAGUGUAUCGUCAAAUGUCGAGGCAACACGAUUCAUACUCGCUGAACCCCAACGGCUACCUACAUCACCCACAUUAGGUGCAGUAGAUAUUCCUGAACKCAAUGUACCUAAUUGUCCCAAAAACAGUCAAAUAUAUUUACCACACGCCACAGAUUGCGGCAAAUAUUAUAUAUGCAUUAUCGGUAUGCCAGUUUUGACCUCUUGCCCAGAGGGUUUAUAUUGGAAUCAAACGGCAGAGCUUUGUGAUUUAACAUCGAAUGUAGUGUGUCGUUUACUAGCCACCAUAAAUAUGGCAAAAAUGCUGCUAACUCUUUUCGGUCUAUUGAUCUUGCAUCAGGAUGUAGUUGAAGCCACUUACACAAUGAAUGAAACGUGUGCCUACUAUACUGGUUAUAUUGCCAAUCCAACUAACUGCCAAGGUUGGGGCGCUUGCGAAGAUGGAGUACUGAAAGCUACAGGAAAUUGUAGCGAUGGCUUUUUAUACGAUUCGAAAAAAGGCAUUUGUAAUUACGCAAGUAAAGUACAAUGCGGUACUUCCGCACAGAAUAUUUGUGAGCAUUCGGACGAUAAUACUUUAGUCGCUCAACCAAGCGAUUGUACGCAAUACUGCUAUUGCAAAAACAAAACCAUAAUGGGAUGUACGGAAUGUCCUAACAACCAGCUUUUCAAUCCGACUUUAGGCACAUGYGUUAACACAUAUACUUGCCCAGCGGAUUCCAUUUGUCGUUUAAUUCCAAAUAACGAGUUUGCUGGAGCCGAAACGUGUGGCAAUUACUUAAGAUGUCUAGAUGGUUCGGGUACUGAAGGUACAUGUAAAAACGGCUUUUUUAAUGCCUUAACUGGAAAAUGUCAAAGCACUAAUCCGUGCUCUACUGUUAGUACAAAUACACUUCCACCUGAUACAAGCAUAUGCUCGGGAUAUAGAGAAACAUCUGCACCCCAGUAUUUCGCGGAUGAUUCAACAUGUUAUGGCUACUAUACUUGUGAUAGUACAACCGGAACGGCACCGCUUGCUAUUUUGCUCUGCUUCAUUUUCUCAUCGAUCUACGCUGAACAAAGCGAACCAACCGUUGAGGAGAUCUGCAAGCAAGUUGCCCCGGGUACCACUAUUUUAUACCCUAACAUAUGUGAUAAAUGGGUUCGCUGUCCGUCGUCGUUUGGUGCUGAAGAUUACGAAGAAGGUUCAUGUGUUUUCGGCUUAUAUUUCAAUAAGGACACUGGUCGUUGUGAAAGCAUUGAAGAUGUUGUCUGUCCUUAUGCAUCUGCUGAAWCCAGCAAUCGUUGCGCUACCAAAGAGGAUGGUACCUUCUUGGAGGAUCCAGAUAACUGCAGUGGUUACGUUUUUUGCAACAAUGGAAAAGAAAUGCAAUCCACUUGUCCUUAUGGUUUAAUAUUCAAUCCAGAACAGUCAGCCUGUGUAUAUUCAAAGGAUUACAAUUGUGUAGUAAAAGAAGUUGUAGCCAACGUCAAUCCCAUUUGUAAAGCUGUACCAAAAGGCAUCUUACUUGCGAAUACCAAUGACUGUACUAAAUAUUACAAAUGUGACGAAGAAGAUCAACUGGACUCUUUAGAGUGUACCGAAGGCGAAGCAUACAACUAUUCUACCCUGAAGUGUGUACCCCGAAACGAAGUGGUCUGCCACCCUUUAGCGCCAGAACUUGAACCAGAGCUUGAUGUUUGCGGCAGCGACAAUAAUACCUUAGUUGGCUACAUUGCCGAUAAAGAAUCUUGCAGUGCAUAUUAUAUAUGUGUCCAGAGAGAAGAUGGAAAACCUGACCGCCAGCCUAUACAUCUUAAAUGUCAAACAGGCUACUUCUUUGAUAGCAAUACAUGGUCCUGUCGCAAUCGUGUGAAUGUUAAGUGCUACUUGGACCGUUGUGAAGGAAUGGGUAACAAAUACGUCAAUGUUAUCGACGAUUGUGCGUCCUAUGCACAUUGUAAAAAUGGCGUUACAGUGAAUAAUGAAACAACUUUUACCUUAUUGGCCGCGGUUGCCAUUACUGCAGUGAAAUCUGAAAUGGAAGCGUUAACGGUUGAGGACAUUUGUAAACAGAUGCCACCAAACAUCUUUAUUUUGCGUCCAAAUUCUUGCGACAAUUGGGUUCAGUGUCCAUCCACACUUAGUGGUCAAGACUAUGAUGAAGGUUACUGUGCGUUUGGCUUAUAUUUUAACAAAGAUCUGAGUCGUUGUGAAGCGUCAGAAGACGUAAUAUGUCCCUUCGAGAAUACCGGAAACAAUGAUGUUAACCAGUGUGCUUCAAUGAAAGAUGGCACUUUCUUGGCAGAUCCCAAAAAUUGCAACAGUUACAUCUACUGUAUGGAUGGUCAGGAAGCCUAUUCAAAUUGUCCCAAAGAUUUAGUAUUCCAUCCCAAAAAAGGUUCUUGUGUGUAUUCAAAUGAAUAUCAAUGCCCUAAACAAGUUGAAAACUUAACUGCAAGCCCAAUUUGUAAUUCGAUACCUGGUGAAACAGUAUUCGCCGACAUCACCGAUUGUACAAAAUAUCAGCAAUGUGCGCAAGACGGCAAACUAAGUUCUUUGCAGUGUGCAGAAGGUCAAGCAUUUAAUUAUACGACAUUGAAGUGCGUAGCUCGCAAGGAGGCAGUUUGCCAUCCUUUAGCACCUGAACUCGAAACUGAAAUCGAAAUUUGCGGCACGGAGGGCCUUGUACGAGAGGGCUAUAUUGCCGACGAUCAAUCAUGUAGCGCAUAUUAUAUAUGUGCCAAGCAGAAGGAUGGAAAACCUGAUCGCAAACCUAUGCAUUUAAAGUGUCAAGAAGGAUACUUUUUUGAUAGCGCAACUUGGUCAUGUCGUGACCGUCUGAAUGUCAAAUGCGCUUUAGACCGUUGCGAGGGAAUGGAUAACAAAUAUGUCAAUGUGGCUGGGGACUGUAGCGCAUAUGCUCGCUGUAAAAAUGGCGUAACCAUCGCCAGUGAACAAAGCUUAGAUGAUUCGGCUUUUGACUGUGGCUCCCUUAUCAUAUUAUUUGAUAAAGACUUAUCAAGUUACUUAAUAUUAAAACGAUAUCCGAAAAUGCUUACUGGUUCUCCUAUUCACUAUGCGUUGGGAAUUAUACUGCUCUGCAGUUCCAUGACCAACGCCGCCGUAGAUAUGGACAACAUCUGUUUACUGCUGAAGAAUGGUGCCCUGAUUGCCAGUGGCGAUUCUUGUUCACAGUAUUAUUCUUGCUCCAAUGGAAACGCUACCGCUCAAAGCUGUGCCGCUGGCACCUAUUUCGAUAAGAAUUCACAAAGUUGCGUUGGUGUAGCUCCCUCGUAUUGUACCUCAUCUUCUUCGUCUCCCUGUAGCGGACAUGCCGUAGGAUCUUUUGUUGCUAAGCCUGAUUCUUGUGAAGACUAUUAUUACUGCUCAAGCACAGGCGCAGAAGUCGGUAAUUGCCCUAACGGUCUAUAUUUUGACGAGGAGAACCAAACUUGUAACUACCCUUCCGAGGUAAACUGCCAGACAACUAGUACUGAGAAUACUGAUGCAGACACACCGAUCAAUUUGUGUUCGUAUGUACAAGUAGGAGUUUAUUUUGGUAAUGCUUUUAAUUGUUCAGGAUGGUUAAAAUGUACUAGCGACACCAAGUUCGAAUAUGGAAUUUGUAAAAAUAAUUUGCUUUACAAUACAGCGAAACAGAUGUGCGAUUAUGCUUCAAACGUUGAUUGCUCACAGGUAACUAACGACCCGGAGUUAGAUGUGACAGCAAAUGGUGGUGGUGGUGCAUGCACAACCAAAGGAACCAAAAAAAAGGCUGUCGCAUGCAAUCAAUAUUACGAAUGCGAUGGUACAAAAUACCAACUGACGAAGUGCGCUGGCAGCUUAUACUACGAUACAGAUACUGAAACUUGUGUAAACCGUGUUGAUGCUUAUAAUGAUUGUGAUCGUUGCUUAGGAACCACUGGCACAUUUGCAAAUGCAUUCGGUACCGAUUGUCAUAAUUACUUGUACUGUUCAAAUGGUGUCGAAAAGGACUCAGAGCCAUGCCCAAACAGCGGUUACUUCAAUGAAAAGAUGGGCGGUUGCGUAUCAGUAAGCCCAGAUUUUAAAUGCUGUGCAAAUGCUACCGAAACUGAUACCGCUACCACUGUAGCAAAAUAAAUCGCAAAACUACCUUAUAUUGAGAAAUGCAAUCUAUUAUUAGUAAGGAAGAGCCUUCGAUCUUAAAACCUCUAGCAUAAAUUGAAUGGAAAAAUACAAUCGAUAUAUGUAUCUGGAUAGAAUAAACUAAACAAACAAAAUAAAAAUAACAAUCAAAUACACAUUGUAA